AGCCCCAGUCGGGGCGCCCUCUCCAUUGAUCCCGCCCACAGUCUGGUCACCUCCACGGACCUGCUGCUGACCGGUCAUGAGAACGGUACUGUCAACUUCUGGAGACUGGGACCGGGUGGUUGCGCACGAAAGGUCUUCACCCUUUACACCGGAUCCCUCUUUGACGGUGAAUUCGGACCAGACGCGGGUGGGGACGCUCGUCGCGACGGUGACGACGAGAGCGACCCCUGGCCGCCCUUUAGACGGGCAGGACUCUUCGAUCCCUUCAUGGACGACCCACGGGCUGCUGUGAAGUGCAUCCAACUCGUUGAGAACACCUUGGUCGUUGGUGGGGCGGCCGGACAGGUAACCGUGUGGCAGUUUGCCGAGGAAAAGCCCGUGCUGAAAACGGUGGACGUGCCUAUAGUGCAGGAGUUGCCUGGCUUUCGAUGGAAGGGUCAUGCUCCCCUCAAGCCCAUCACCUUUCUCUGUGUGCCUAGCAUACGCAGGAUAGGCGCCGACACCCCGAUUGACAUCUACAAAAGUACUGUGGAGCGGGAGAGCUCUGCACAGUGGUUUGGCAUUAAUGGUUUUCCAGCAUUCUAG